GCGUUCGUGAAAGCUACACAUGGGAAGGAGGCAUAAGAAGGAUUUAUUUAGCGUUUUGGGAAACGAAGGAACAUUUCUUUAAUCAUAUGGUGGGAGCCUAACAUCACCUCUGCACUGUUGGAUUCAUUUUCCAGUCCACCAAUCACAGAUUUUUCUGCUCAUAUGCGGGAUGGGGGUGCGCCAAUCCGCCUCCACGUAACCGGACCGCCAGAAUCAUCCACGCGCCCAACUGGUGUGUGUGUCGUAGCAACUAUUCCUCAUUAUCAUAAGGCACUACCCAUAGGCCCAGCAGGGUUAAGCGCGCUCUUCACCGUUGUCCCCUUCCAUGCCUUGCCUUGCCGGUGACCGAAUUUACAAACACUCGCCUGCGUCUUUAGGAAUUGCCUCCAUCGUUCUCCGCCCAAAUUCCUGCUUUUGAGUAGAUUCUCAGCCUUUCAGUUCCAUUUUUCUUAGGGCACCGCGGGCUUUCGGGUUGUGUAGAUUGAAGAUCGAUGACACGCUGGCUGGGGCUUCAAGAGCAAGCAAUUUGUGUCGUAUUGUUGCUGGUCAGCAUUACCAAUUGAAGGAAAAAUGCAAAUUCUAGGCAUUAUUGGUUGACUGAAUCACUAAUGUGUUGUUUUUCAACUAAAACUGGAGGGAAAUAAUGGCAGCACGCUCUACUUCCUCCAUUGAAAGAUCAGGCACUAAGCAGCUCAAUAACAUAGGCAUUUCUGGAGCUUUGCCGUCAUCCUUGUCAGUCCUUUCAACCCCGAUAGGAGAGGCAUUUGCCAAAUUUUCCGAUUCUCAGCCGGCUGUCAUGGCAAAAGAGUUUAUGACUGGGCCUAUAGGUCAGCCGAGUCAUUUAAAUUCCAGCGGAGCAGUUGGGCACAUUUUUUCAUCUUCACCUGGAUAUUCAACUGAUCUUCAUCACUCAUCUCUUUCGCCUCAGGAAAAACACUCAACAAGUGCUCAUUUCAUUUCACAGUCAUCCAGUAACAUCUCUUCAUUGCCAUUUUCUUAUUCUUCAAAUAGUGGACCGCUUCUUUCUUCUACGCCAAAUAAUUAUUUCAAAGAAAACAGUGCUUCCUGGAAUGUAGAAACCUUGCCCAACUUUCUUGAUUUCCCUGUACAUACUACCACCGAGAAUAGUCAAGCAGAAAAUAGUGCCUGCACUGUGAUGGCAUCCGAGGAGUACUGUAAGCAGAAUGAAUGGCAAGAGUGGGCUGACCAGCUUAUGGAUGACCCUUUGACUUCGAAUUGGAAUGAGCUUCUUACUGACAACAUUCAAGACCUGGAGCCAAAGGUGGCGUGCCAUGUUUCAAAACCAUCUUCACAUAUUCCAGGAAACCAGUCCAUAGGUCAGCAGCAACUUCCUGCUUCAUCUGGAGACAAUUGUGUUGGUGCCCUCCCAACUUCCUCAGCAAGUUCUGCUCCUGCCAAGCCACGGAUGCGUUGGACACCAGAGCUUCAUGAGGCCUUUGUGGAGGCUGUCAACAAACUUGGUGGCAGUGAAAGAGCUACCCCUAAGGGCGUGCUGAAGCUCAUGAAUGUUGAAGGGCUGACAAUAUAUCAUGUUAAAAGUCACUUGCAGAAAUACAGGACUGCUAGAUAUAGACCGGAACCAUCUGAAGGAUCCUCGGAGAAACGACUGACUUCCAUUGAAGAUAUGCCUCCUCUAGACUUGAAAACUGGUAUUGAGAUCACUGAAGCGCUGCGACUGCAGAUGGAGGUUCAGAAGCGGUUGCAUGAACAACUUGAGAUUCAACGAAACCUACAACUUCGAAUAGAAGAACAAGGAAGGUACCUUCAGAUGAUGUUUGAGAAGCAAUGCAAAUCUGGCGCUGACAAGAAGUCAUCAUCAGCAGCUCCCGCGGAGAAUCCAUCUGGAGAGUCUUCAGAUGCUGUCAAAGAUUGUCCUGCCGAAGGUGAAGUGGAGGACCAUUGCAAGUCAGGCCGUGAUCAGGCUAAUGGCACUGCUGCAGUUGGGGAAAGCUCUCUGGAAGUGGGUAUGAAGGAUGAUGGACCUGAAAAACAAGCUUCUGAUAACCCUAAGCUACAAAGCAGUGAAGAGAGUGCUCCAGCCUCCAAGAGGCAGAGGACGGACGAGUAACUGAGUAAGCCGUAUGAUCUCCCAGAUCAGCGUUGAACUGACAGGGCAAUGCUGAUUUACGAGAGAUUUAAGUUAGUAAGACUUGGCUAAAUGAUGGGUAGAGCUCCAUAACUUAUAAAUUCCUACCUCUCUCUUGUGUUGAACGACUAAUUGCGAGUUGCAUGUGUAAUUCGUUGUCCCAAGAGGAUGAGUCAAAAUUUUGAUCAUGACAUUCUUCACCACCUUUUAUUUCUUAGUGGAGUCUAGUUAUGGGAGGAUGACGAUGGGAUUCUGAAGUGAGCUCUUACCCUGUGAAGAAACACAUUAGUGGGGAAUUAAGCAUACUACUAAUAAAAUAAGUUUAAAAUUACCAUAAUUAUUGUGUUUGCCAGGUACACUUGUAGCCCUUACAGGAAGACACGUUUGCAGGUGGCUUUAAGGACGGUCAGUGUUCUCCACAUUGUUUCAAUUGCACAGGAUUGGGUUUGUGUUUCACAUUGGGGCUUUUUUAUUGGUUGGUUCCUACUAAUUAGUUUGACUCUCCAUAAAGCCUGUCCUGUCCUGUAGGCGAAGCAGCCAUGAAGGCCCUGGGAGGCCUUGCAUUAGUCGCACAAAGGAAGAGAUGCCAACGCAAAUGAAAGUACUAAUCACUAAAUAUAUGAUAUUUGAUAAUUUAAAUGCAACUGAACUGUUGUCUCAUGCUUCAUGUGGAAUCUGGUGUGAAUUAUAUUGUUCAUUAUUUAUAAAUCUAUGUUUUUUUUUU